CCCCACCAUGAAGAUGAUGGCCGCCGGCGCGGCGGCGCACGGCCUGUUCUCCGCUCCGGCCCCACAGCAGCAGCCGCCACCGCCACCGCAGCAGCCACCGCCCGCAUCUCACGGCACCUCCAUGGAGUCCGAGGCCCCGGACUCCCGCAAGCGGCCCCUGGAGACGCCCCCCGAGGUCGUCAGCACCAAACGCAGCAACACGGGAGAUAGGAACAAAAACCUAACCUGGAAAUUGGGAAAUGUGGCUUCUAGCCCCGAUUCACACAGUGUGACCUUGGAGGAGGGUGAAUAUUUCCUAAAGGUGCUCAUCCCCAGCUAUGCUGCGGGCUCCAUCAUUGGCAAAGGCGGCCAAACCAUUGUGCAGCUGCAGAAGGAGACAGGGGCCACCAUCAAGCUCUCCAAAUCCAAGGACUUCUACCCCGGGACCACAGAGAGGGUAUGCCUGGUGCAGGGGACUGCAGAGGCCCUGAAUGCCGUCCACAGCUUCAUCGCAGAGAAGGUUCGAGAAAUCCCACAGGCAAUGGCCAAGCCUGAGGUGGCCAGCAUCCUGCAGCCACAGACCACUAUGAACCCUGACAGGGCCAAGCAGGCUAAGCUGAUAGUCCCCAACAGCACAGCCGGCCUGAUCAUUGGCAAAGGGGGUGCAACGGUGAAGGCGGUCAUGGAGCAGUCAGGCGCUUGGGUCCAGCUGUCCCAGAAGCCAGAGGGCAUCAACCUGCAGGAGCGAGUGGUGACGGUGAGCGGGGAGCCCGAGCAGGUGCACAAGGCUGUGGCCGCCAUCGUCCAGAAGGUGCAGGAGGACCCGCAGAGCAGCAGCUGCCUGAACAUCAGCUAUGCCAAUGUGGCGGGGCCUGUGGCCAACUCCAACCCCACGGGCUCACCCUAUGCCAGCCCAGCUGAUGUCCUCCCAGCAGCCGCUGCCGCAGCCUCUGCCGCUGCUGCUGCCUCUGGCCUCCUUGGCCCAGCGGGCCUGGCAGGUGUGGGUGCCUUUCCUGCUGCCCUGCCAGCCUUUUCAGGGACUGACCUGCUGGCCAUCAGUACGGCCCUCAACACACUGGCCAGCUAUGGCUACAGUGCCAACUCACUGGGCCUAGGCCUCGGCUCAGCCGCGGCCUCAGGGGUCCUUGCGGCUGUGGCGGCUGGGGCAAACCCAGCUGCUGCUGCUGCUGCCAAUCUACUAGCCUCCUAUGCGGGGGAGGCUGCUGCUGGGCCAGCUGCUGGUGCGGCCCCACCCCCGCCCCCACCACCCCCUGGGGCACUGGGCUCCUUUGCCUUGGCAGCGGCUGCCAAUGGCUACCUGGGAGCAGCAGGGGGUGGGGGUGGCGGGGGUGGCGGGGCAGGAGCCGGGGGGUUCCUGGCAGCCGAGAAGCUAGCGGCAGAGAGCGCCAAGGAGCUGGUGGAAAUUGCGGUGCCAGAGAACCUCGUGGGUGCCAUCCUGGGCAAGGGGGGGAAGACGCUGGUAGAGUACCAGGAGCUGACAGGUGCCCGCAUCCAGAUCUCUAAGAAGGGGGAGUUCCUGCCUGGCACUCGGAACCGGCGGGUGACCAUUACAGGCAGUCCGGCAGCCACACAGGCUGCACAGUAUCUCAUAAGCCAGAGGGUCACCUAUGAGCAAGGGGUCCGUGCCACGAACCCCCAGAAAGUGGGAUAAAAGGGGGCGGGGAGCAAUGGCUCCCAACCCUCCCCACCCAUCUCCCCCCUACCCCCUGACGCCGUCCCUCUUUCCCCAUCCUGGUUUGGUUCGGGUGUCGGGCAAGGGGCUCGAUUAAAUCCACCCCACCUUUGAGUGGUUGGAUUGGAGUUGGGGAUAGGAGGUGCUCCCCAUGCUCCUCCCCUCCCCCAGUUUGACACACCUCCCUGUGCUUAGCUGGACCCCCAACUCCUCCAGGGCAGCUGGGAGACUGGGGGCCCCAGUCUGUGUGAUAUCUGUAUAUAUUUUGUUGAUUUUAAUAGAAAACACGGCAUUAUUUUUCUCUUUCUUUCCCUCCUUUUAUUUUUCUUAUUUUUUUUUAAAUAAGGGAUUUUUUUUUGGUUGGUUGGUCAGUUUUUGUUUUCAGAGGUAAAAUGGGAGGGGAGAUGUUGCACCUUCUUACUCCAUCCCACUCACCCCCAGUCCAGUUGCAACUCCAAUCAGGAAUGAGGGGGCUUUGAGGGGGUGGGGAUAGGAUCCUGGUUGGCAUGGCAUGAGCUGGGUUGUGGUAGAGGUUGAGGGUCCUGUCCACCCCCCAUUCCAGGGUGUUUGCCCACCCUCAUAUCCCCCUACUCAACCGGGGUUACUGGGGGUUCAUUUUAUAACAUGGUCAAGUUGGUUUAAUGGGGAAGUGACAUCAGGGAAGCUUCCAGUCCAGUAUGUCAAGGUGAACUACCUAGUUUUGAGGAGAGUACUGGACUUGAAGUCAGACUGCCUGCCACUUACUAGCUGUGUGACCUUAAGAAAGUCACUUAACCUUUCUGGGCCUCAGUUUCCUCAUCUGUAAAAUGAGGGGUUUGGCCCAAAAUAAUCUCUAAGGUCUCUCCUGGCUUUAAAUCCUAUGAUCCUAAACUCUGGAACUCAGAGCCCUAAAAAGGAGGCAGGGGGCAACUUCCUGAGGGCAACCCAGGACUUUCUGUCUUCCCUAGAGUCAGUCUCCUUGGACUUCUUGUGUUCUUAUGGGGAGGUCUUUUCCCAGAGACCCAGUGAGGCUCCUCCUAUCUAUGACAUUGUGCAUGGGUGAAGGGUCUUCCCUGAACUGUUAGGAUGGCGGGGUGGGGAGUCCUUGUAUUAUUCCAGGCCCACUUCCUCGGAAGUACCCAAAUGGGAUGGACUCCCUAAUACAAAUCCCAACUUUACCCUCCUUUUUACAGGGGCCCAGGAGACCUCAUGAGACUCUGAGGAGGACAGGGCCACUUUCCCGGAUAAGGGGUUGUUGAGUUAUGGCUAUGAAGGAGGAGGGAAAAGACAGGACUUGGCUCCGUCGUGGGGGUGUGCUGGGUCAGAGGUGGAGGGGAGCAGCUAUGUCUGAAAAAGGAUUGUCCCCAUUCAGAUUCCAAAGUCUGCUCAUCUCAGAGAAAAGCCACUUUUGUUUGGGGUGGGGUGGGGUGGGGUGGGUGCAGGAAGUUCAGAAGAUCCCUUCUCCUCUCCCACCCCAAGCCCUCUCUAUGUGCUUGCUUCUAUAUGUCUGCAUUGGUGUAUUUUUUUGGUGGGGUCUGAGUUGGUGUGUCCGGGUGGGGUUUAAUUUAGCAUGUUGAUAGCAUCUGGAUUGGUGAAUUUGGGAUGGGAUUUGAGAGGCCUGUGGAACUUUGAUGGAGUCUGGACUGAUGUCUUUUGAUACAGUCUGAUCAGCAUGUUUCAAAGAGGUCUGGACAAGCAUGUGUGAAUAGAGUCUGGACUAGUAUAUUUUGUUAGGGUCUAAUCGAUCCUGCUACAUCAUUGGGGUUUCAAAGGCUGCUUGGUCAAGUAGGUUAUGCAGACCUGUCGGUCUUUUGGGGGGGGGGCAACAAACUCUGAUUGCCUUGUCUAAGCAGAGUAGCCAGGUCAGCUCCAUCCCUGGGCUACCCAUUCCCUUGGUCCCUUCUCUCCCCACCCUGCACUGAUCUCCCCUCCCCCAACCCUUUCACCUCUUAAACCAGGACUCGCCACCGAUGCCCUGGUUCCAGCAUCAGCAUCUUUGAGGGAGUGGGGGGAGAUAGCUCCCUGUCCCUUCAAAAUUCUAUACUUACCACCUACUUUUUCUGGAUUCUUCUCUCCCCACAGUUCAGGGGGAGCCCCAGGAGGGGGGGGCAGAUCCCAAAAAUCAAAAUGUGAAAAUCCCUUCCCAAGGAAGAAGCAAUAGCGGUAACUCGCACCGACCUUGUCUGCUCAUGUCCCUCCUGGGUCACCAGAGGAGCUGGGCUAUCCAAGUGGCUUUUUCUAUAUCCUGCCCUCAGACUCCAGUAGGGGAAGGGAGGGAGACCCUGUCUCCUUCUGAACCCCCCCCCCAACUCCUUGGACCCUGAUCACACCCUUCCAAGGUAGGGUGGUCUAGAUGUGCCAAAAGAAUUAUCUUCCAAUCUUUGUAUAUUUAUAUACAAAGGAUAUAUAUAUAUUUAUCUCUUGGGGGGCUUGGGGGGAGGGGGAGGGGGAAGGGAGGGUUUACCAUCCCCAAAGAAUGCAGUAUUCUGUAUUUUGGAUUUGGGAAGGAUGGGACCUCCCAGGGUGCCCGAGCUGAUUUGCAUAUCAUUUGCAUGCAUGGCUAAGCUCACUGCCCCCUAAUGUGCUGGUCCUACUGCAGCCCUUUAUGGUGCUGUCUCUUCCCUGCUUCCUUUAUUCCCCCUCCCCACACAUCCCUGGUUUCUCCCCCUCUCUAAUCUACUCCACCCUGAGGUGCACUCUGUGGAGUGAGAUGAGUUACCUUCAUUGGAAUCCCAGCUCUAGGCCUGAUGUAUUGUGGCCAGUCCCUUCCUUUGUCUAGGCCUCAGUUUCCCUCUCUGUAAAACUGAUGUGUAGCAGAAUUGGGAGGAGGGGGACAAGGAGGGGAGAUGAUCCAGAAAGAAACUACACUACCCUCCUCUUGAACCCAUCCCUCCCCCCCAACACCUGCAUCUGCCCUUUCCACUUCCUGCAGGGUCAUAGAAGCAGGGGCAACGGGGAAGGAGGGAAGAGGAUGGGCAGGGGGCACACCUGUGGACUGUGCAACCUCCCCUACCCCUUCUUCCUGCUGCUUCCUGUCCCCAUGCCUGUGGUCUCCUCUCCAGAAGCCUCUUCUGCAGUCUGACUUCAGUUUCUUUGCUACAGUGUUUCCUGGAGUACAGGGUAGAGGUAGGGUGGGACAAGUAGACCAAGCCUGGAAGAUUGUUAAAUAUUUAAACAGGGUCCCCUCAACCUCUGCCACAGAUGUUUAGUCUAUUUCCCACAGCUCUUACAACCCUUGUCCCCUGAAUCUUCAACCCUCUUGUCCCGUGACCCCAGGAGUCUUGCCCCAGCUAGAGACAAUAGUUCACUGAAGCCAGGGAAGAUACUCACACCCACCCUCUAUGGAAUCCUAUUCCAGUUCCACAACCAUUGGGGUCUACUUGGACCUUAAGGUUGUUCUUUUACCCCCACUUUUCCCAGUGCUCCCCAUGCCCCUUUUGUAUAAUCUUUUCAUUAUUUAAAGUCCAAUUCCUCAAGGUCUCCUACCGCUUUUGCACUGAGUGUCUCUUCCUGGCAGAUGGGGGUAGGAGGGAAGCAGUAACAGACCAUUGGAAUGCUAUAAUGGGGGUUACAAAGUUUCCCUGGGCUAUGAGCUAUAGACUGUGAUGGGCUAUUGCCCCCCCAGCUCGGGCAGAUUCCCCCUACUCCCCUAACUUCUUAUCCUGCCUCUACAUCUUCUCUUUAGACUCCUCUAUUUCUAUUAUCUCCCUCUGUUGAGAUUUCCCUUUCUCUUGUGUCCCUCCA